CGGUGUGACGAUUGAACUGCCACCAAGGGAGAACUGAGGAACGAAUGCAAAUAAGCGAAAAGAGAUCCGACGAUCCGAGUAGAAAUGUCGGACGAGACGGCAGUCGUGGGUUGUCCGCACUACAAAAGGAGAUCAAAAUUUGUGACGCCUUGCUGCGGCAAAGUUUACACCUGCCGAUUUUGUCAUGACGAGAACGAAACGCACCCUGUGAAUCGGAAGGAUGUGACAGAAUUAGUUUGCACCAGUUGCAACACUCGUCAGCCAGUUCGAACCGAAUGCAUCAAGUGCUCGCUCAGGUUUGGCAAGUAUACUUGCUUGGAGUGCAAAUUGUUUGACGACGAAGACAAAAAGCAAUACCACUGUGAUGGUUGUGGCAUAUGUCGAAUUGGAGGCAGGGACCAGUUUUUCCACUGCGAGCGCUGCAACAUGUGCCUUCCCAACAAGCUUCUGAACAAACACAAGUGCGUAGAGAACGUUUCUCGGGCCAAUUGCCCUGUGUGUCUCGAAGACAUCCACACUUCUAGGAUUCCGUGCCACAUUCCGGAGUGUGGACACCUCGUGCACAGAACUUGUUUUAAGGAUCUCUUUCAAUCGGGUCUCUACGCAUGUCCUACGUGUCAGCAGUCAAUGGUGGACAUGACUGAACUGUGGAAGUAUCUAGAUCAUGAGGUAGAAUUGACACCCAUGCCUUCAGAUUACAACAAAUGUUUUGUUGGGAUUUUGUGCAAAGAUUGUCACAAGGAGAGUACAGUCAAAUUUCACGUCGUUGGACUUAAAUGCCAACACUGUGGAUCUUACAAUACUUGCCGCACACAAGGCACAUCAGCUGAAAAUGCACCGCCCGAUAGUAAUGAAGUCUUAAAUGAGUCGAAUGCUCCAGUUCAUAACAGAGCAGAGGCCGAGGAAGUCCUGUUAAACGGACAAAAUUUGGAGCCGGCAGAUGAAUAGACAAGUGCCAGCCCAUCAAAUUGGUGGAUAUCCGAAGAAAUCGCAAAGGAUUAACUGCUGAUACUCUAAAGUUUUUUUUAAUAACUGCUAGACGAGCAGGUACAGAGGAGGGUUAAGAAGUGACAUUUUAUUAUAGCCUGUGUUUGUAAAUUUCCAACUAUAGUUUGUGAUCCAAGGUAACACUCGACAGUGCAAGAGGACCAGCUAAUUUUAUUCGGUUGCCACUCAACCAUGAUUUUAAAACAGCCGAGUGGAAAUUUGAUUUGAAUAAUGUUACUUUAAGUUGACGAUCAAGAGAUGAUGUGAAUCAAAAGAAGAACUGACCAAUUCACUCAUUUAAAUGAUAUAAAUAUUUUAUUGGUCUAAAUAUGGUUAUAUUUCAUUAAGCGGUUUCAAAAAGUAAAUUAGGAUUUUAAAUAAUCACAAAUGUAAUGCAAAAUUUUAAGAAAUUGGGCAGUUUUUCACUCAGUGAAUUUAAGUCUUAUUGUGAUUAAUUUUUUAGUUUGAUUGUGCUCUUGAUUAAAUCUUGAGGUACCAAAUUGCAUGCGCCUCUAAUAUAAACGUGCAAAACAAUAUGCUCUGGCACUUUUUAGUUUAAAUAAGCUCCAAUUUGGAUUGUUCUUUUUAAGCGUUGAGGAAUUCUGCACAUUAUAAAGUACAUAAAUUUCCCCACAUAUUAUUGAAGCAGACACCCGAUGAAAUGCAGUUUUACCUUCCAAGUUGCAAGAUCUGAAAUUGUUUGCAGACUCUUUUUUUUGCAAGGAAAACAAUUAAUGGCUGCAUUCAACUCUUGUUUGAUCUGAUCUUGGAGCAAAAUUUCCCAGAUAACCAUUAAAACUUAUUAGCCUUAACUAUUAAAAAAUGUUAUGACGGCCCUGCUUGUAAAUUAGUAGGGAAAGAAAAUGUAAUUGAAUGUUUACUAUGUUAUGGAUAAUAAUUAAAAUGUAAAAUUACUAAAGUAAA